AUGGUUGCUUUCUCGCUCGGAAAGCGGAGCAGAGCUUCGGACGUAGAAGACGCAGACGCCAGUCUUUCUCUGAAGCGCGUGAGACGCAGUACCCGCAGCUUCGUGGUCAACGAUGAAAACCAGGAUCCCAACGCAGUCACAUUCGAGGAUGCUCUCGCCGCAGAUGCCGAUGCCACCCCAAAGGUACGACGGGCUAUCUCGACCAACAGUACACUCGUCUCGCCGACUAAGACUUCACCCACAAAACGUGCCGUGUCCGUCGCUGGUGUUCCACUUACCCCAUCUACACCUCGUUAUCGGGAUGGCCUCGGCACCAUCAGUGCCAGCCGCUCCACAACAGCGACGACGCCUGCGACACCUGUCACGCCUAGCACACCGCGCCACCGUGUUAUGUCCGCAGGCAGACUCUCUCGGCGUACCACACCGCACGGCCUUUUUUCAAAACCAAGUGAAGGUCUCGGUGGUGAUACGACACCCACAACACCACGGACACCGUCUGGGAGCGUUCAGACAGUCUACCACGUAGCGCGGCAGCUGUUUGCGCGAAGCUCGGGCAUGGCGGCAGGCUCUCUUGUUGGCCGCGACGAUGAGCGCGCGCGGCUGCGGACGUUCCUGAGUGCCAACUGUGGAAGCGACGCCGCGACAUUCAAGAGUGAUUGUGGGUGCCUGUACGUCAGCGGACCGCCUGGUACUGGCAAGAGUGCCAUGGUAAACGAGAUGACGGAGCAGGUCUGCACCGAACAGUCUGGCUCUGUACGCAAGGCUUACGUCAACUGUAUGAGCAUUCGAUCGUCCAACGACCUCUACAGCACACUUCUUCGGUUACUAGUGCUGGGUACCGGCAGCGAGGAUGACGAAAAUAAUAGCGACGAGCAGGCUGCUGAAGCUAUGGGUGUGGACUUGACAGAAACGAAUGCCGUGAAUGCGCUUCAGGCUAUGUUUCUGCCCAAGGCGAGCAAAAAGGCUGCUUCCGCCAAGGCGGCCGGAUCCCCAAGCACCUACCUAGUUGUUCUUGACGAGAUCGAUCACAUCCUGACCCUCGACCUCGAGAGCUUGUACCGGGUAAUGGAGUGGUCCAUGCUCAAGACGUCGCGCCUGGUGCUAGUUGGCAUUGCCAAUGCCCUCGAUUUGACAGACCGCUUUCUCCCCCGUCUCAAGUCGCGCAACCUACAGCCCGAGCUGCUUCCAUUUUUGCCCUAUACCGCACCGCAAAUCAAGAACAUCAUUACGACCCGACUUAAAACUGUCCUCCAGACGACUCUUCCUUCUGUGCCAGAAGCAUCUGCUUCCGCCCCUGCUCCCACCAACUUCCUUCCCUUUUUUCACCCUGCCGCCAUUGAGCUCUGCUCACGCAAGGUGGCCAGCCAAACCGGUGACCUACGCAAGGCCUUUGAGAUCUUGCGUCGAGCACUAGACCUAGUCGAGUCCGAAGCCCGCGAAAAGUACCUCAACGACGCACGUGAUGCGUGUAACGCAACCACAUCGAACGUGCUGACGACACCUACGAAGAAGCAGCCCCUGGCCGAGAACAUGAACUUGGCCUCGUCGCCUCCUGCCUCGGCAGCGUCAUCUCGCACAGUUCCAAAGCGGUCGUCGUGGGCGUCGUGGGCCGCCCAGAACCUGACCAUUGAAAACGCGCCCCGCGUGUCCAUUGGCCACCUCAACAAGGUCACCGCAUCCGCCUUCGGCAACGGCGCCCAGCAGCGGCUUAAGGGCCUCAACCUGCAACAAAAGGCGGCACUGUGUGCCCUGAUGGCGUUUGAAAAGUGGAGCCGCGAGGCAUACGCAGCUACACAAGCCGCUGCACAGACAAACACGUCGCUGCAGCCGUCCAGCGGCGUCAAGAAGCUCGUCAAGGCGCCCACACCCAGCCGGCUCCAGGCGCCGGGCGGUGGUGCGGCAGGUACGGCAGCGCCGACCAUCAAGAAGCUGUAUGCGACAUACAACCUCAUGUGCAAGCGCGACGCUGUCCUGCACCCGCUCUCAAGCUCCGAAUUCCGUGAGGUUGUCGGCAGCUUAGAGACCCUGUCGCUGGUGACUGCCGUCGACGGCCGCAACGGAUCCUUUGCAGUGCUUCAGUCGGCGCCCGGCAGUGGGAGUGGUCGGCGAGGCCGACGGCCCGGUGGCGCUGUCAGCAACAGCAUGAUGGGCGGUGGCAGUUCGGGUGUUACUGGUGUGGCUGGUGAUGAGAAGCGCGUUGCCAGCUGUGUUGGCGAAAAGGAGCUGCGGCAAGCGCUGGAUGGAGCCGGCGCCGAUAUUUUGCAGAGUAUUCUCAGCGGCGAGGCGCUCGACUGA